AUGGAAAACAAGACAAUGCCUCUUCAGAAAGCCGAGAAACGCUGUUCCGCAAACGGUGCUAACCUCUUCGUUGCUAAUUCGAAAGACGAGUUCAAUGAGAUCAGUCGUCGAGCUCCUCGAAAUUUCUGGACGUGGGUCGGCUUGGCUCAGUUUGACAACCAGGCAACACCUAUAUGGCAGACCUCCAGUGGGAUUCAACCAUCAGCAUUGAAGUGGCUGAUCAACCCGUUUUCGCCAGCUGCCAACGGAUGGUCUGCGGCAUCCAGGUGCGUCGCGUACUACAAUGGCGAUGUGGAGUCGACUCGAUACCUUUACUUUUACCCAUGUGAAUCGAUGUUCUACUCAAUAUGUGAGAGGAAUUCAACGUUCAACAAUGCCCUGGCUCAACAGGCUGGACAACUGCCAUUCUUACAUUUUUAA